AUGGUCCUCCUCGUGGACAAGCCGCGCGGGUACACGUCCUUCGACGUCGUCGCGCGCGUGCGCGGCAUCGCUCGUCGGAUGGGCGUGAAAAAAGUCGGCCACUGCGGCACGCUGGACCCGAUGGCCACCGGCGUGCUCGUGCUGUGCGUCGGCCAGGCGCGUUCUGUCUCACCCUGGUCCCCAUACGACCGCGCGUACGUCGGGACGAUGAAGCUCGGCGAGAGGACGCCGUCGCAGGACGCGGACACGGCGCCGGACGCGACGUUCCCGUGGGAAGGGAUCGCGGACGACGAGCUCCGCGACGCGGCGGCGAAGCUCGUCGGCGACUUGAAGCAGGCGCACGACCCUCAGCUGCCUCCGAUGUACAGCGCGAUCAAGGUGAAAGGGAAGCGGCUGUACGAGUCCGCGAGGAAGGGCGAGGUCGUGGAGCGGAAAACAAGAGACGUGCGCGUCGACGCGUUCGAGGUGGAGCGCGACGCGACGAACAGGCAGUUGGUGCACUUCAAGGUGGAGUGCGGCAAAGGGACGUACGUGCGCACGCUCGCGCACGACCUAGGCGAGUCGUUGGGAAGCGCCGCGCAUCUCACCGCGCUGCGGCGCGUGCGCGUGGGGGAGUACGACGUGGACGACGCGUGGACGAUAGACAUGCUGAACGACGCGUGCGCGCCGAUGGUAGAGGCGGCGGAGGACGCGAAGGCGGCGGCGGCGGCGGCGGCGGGCGGGAGGUAG